AUGGCAACCUUUAGUAUUGCAGAAGGAAACAUACCAGCCUCAUGUGGGAAUGUAAUGGUGCUCAAUCUUCAGGGCAUGUUUCAGGCGCUAACACAGAUUGGCCAAAAACAUGGUCGGGUGGGGUUGUGGCGGGGGUCCUUGGGCGGCCUGCCCAGAGUUGUCAUUGGUUCCUCUGCCCAGCUGUGCACCUUCUCCUCUACCAAGGACCUCAUCAGCCAAUGGGAGGUGUUUCCUUCCCAGAGCUGGAAGGUGGCUCUGGUUGCAGCUAUGGUGAGUGGCAUUGUGGUGGUCCUGGCCAUGACACCCUUUGACAUAGCCAGUACAAGACUCUACAACCAGCCCACAGACGGUGGGGGCAAGGGUCUCAUGUACCGAGGGAUUCUGGAUGCUCUGCUGCAGACAGCUCGAACGGAAGGCAUUUGGGGCCUGUACAAGGGCAUAGGGGCCUCCUACUUCCACCUGGGUCCCCACACCAUCCUCUCCCUCUUCUUCUGGGACCAGCUGCACUCCCUCUACUCCAAGUACACCGAAUAA